GUGUAACUUGACAGCCGUUGUGGAAGUGAGGCUUGAAGCUUCUCUCUGACUGGAGCAAGUUGCUGCUCGCUGGUGCCAACGCCCGGCGAAAAAGACAGCUAACAUACACCAGCUGCGAUACAGAGGGAAAUUGCAGCCAGUUACAGUGAGCAGUGCCAGAAAGCACAACGAUGCAGACUAUCAAGUGUGUGGUGGUGGGUGAUGGAGCUGUGGGUAAAACCUGCCUGUUGAUUUCAUACACCACCAACAAAUUCCCCUCUGAAUAUGUACCAACAGUUUUUGACAACUAUGCAGUAACUGUAAUGAUUGGUGGUGAACCAUACACCCUUGGAUUAUUUGAUACAGCAGGGCAGGAAGAUUAUGACCGGCUACGACCACUAAGCUACCCACAGACAGAUGUGUUUUUAGUCUGUUUCUCAGUCGUUUCACCUUCUUCAUUUGAGAACGUCAAAGAGAAGUGGGUUCCCGAAAUAACCCACCACUGUCCCAAGACCCCGUUCCUGUUGGUAGGCACUCAGAUCGACCUGCGUGAUGACCCUUCCACAGUGGAGAAGCUAGCCAAGAACAAACAGAAGCCAAUAACCCCUGAGACAGCAGAGAAGCUUGCUCGUGACCUCAAGGCAGUCAAAUAUGUGGAGUGCUCAGCUUUAACACAGCGGGGACUGAAGAACGUAUUUGACGAGGCUAUCCUAGCCGCUUUAGAGCCCCCUGAAACUCAAAGAAAGAGAAAAUGCUGUUUGUUCUGAUGUCUUCUCGCAUCUUGCUUUGCCUCUCGAUCAUCUGCUGCUUAGUAACUGUAAAGAGAAGUCUGUCACUAAAAUAACCACAGCACUCUUUAAACUCUCAAAACUUGGUGCCCAUUAACUUUUCCCCUUCUGUUCAUGUGUGCUCUUUUUUCAACUUGGCCUAAUCACAGUUAUCCAAGCUGCCUGAUAUGACAAGAGUGCCAAUCUUAAGUUCUUUCUGCUGUCAGAAGGUCUGUGUAACGGUACAUGAAUGAGUUUGUUUUUUUACAUUGAAGUUCUGUUGUCUUGGUAUCGAGCUCUAAGCAUCAGCUGUAUCCUAUGAAGCAUGUAUGAUAUAUCUGUCUUAGACAGUACUAAUUAUUUUCUACUGCAGCAUCAAGGUUUUACAUGUGCUUCUGUCUUUACGCAGACGACUUGAUAAUGAGGAGAGUCUUGUUAAAUGUUAUUGAAUAAAGGACAAUUUUGAUCUCCCGGCCACCUUCACAGUAUUUCUUUUUCAGCUCUUAGUUCCUUGAAAAUGUUAAUUGUAUUUUGGAACCAAGCCCUGUUUUGAAUAUUCAUGUUUUAUUUCCACAGAAAGGAUUAAAGAAUGUGUUUGAUGAGGCAAUACUGGCUGCCCUGGAGCCCCCCGAACCUAAGAAAAGACGUAAAUGUGUUCUGCUCUAAGUUUCGUCUCAGCCGUCUCCACACAAGUUUCCAAAUCUAGGUUAGAAGUACUGAAGAGGGUUUGCUGCACGAGCACAUUCCAACAUGAAUUAAGGUAUCAUGAACUAUUUGCCUUCUGACUGAAUUAACCUAAAAAAAUACAUUUUCAGUGUGUUUAACACCAGUUUGAGAUUUGAGUAACAUUCAAUGCUGUUUGUAUUGAUUUGAUGCCACUUACUGGCCUUACAUGAUGUAAACACUGAUCAACGAUAGAUCACAAAGUGUAGGAAUUAUAUGAAAUUAACAAAGUUUACCACGUUGUGUGAGAAGGUCUUUUUGAAAAGUGCUCUUCUCAACAAGUCUUUUUGAAAUGGUGAGGAAAUAGCAUGGUUAAGGACAGCCCUGCAAAACAAACUGAUAAUGAUAGGGCGCUGAAGAAGCUCUUAGUUAACUGAGAACUGUUUUUCUACCUUUCAAGUAAUCACCUUCAAGUUUUAGUUACAGCGUGUGUUAAACUGUCACACAAGACUGCGAGGGGAAUAUGUAGCAGUGUAAAUUCUGCUUCAGUCAAAGGAAUAACAUUUUGUUUUCCAUACAUUUUUAUACAGAAUUCACCAUUUCUCAAAUGUUAUGCCAUACGGUCAUAGAAUUAAAUGUUCUAUGACAGCAUGGCAUCAACACAGAGACAAGGUAUUUAAUGGAUUACUUACUUUGGAUAUGUCGUUUGCAGAAAACAAGCAACAACCAAUGAGUUGACACUCGUCAGAGUAGGAUUCCAAAGGAGCUCACGUAGUAUUAUAUGAAGUCAAAAUAUAAAAUGACAUCAUGUAUCACAGUAAGCCAUUGUUGUCAUAAUAUAAUGCAAGGAGCUGCAGCAAAACAGCCAGUUACUUAUUUUUCUCUUGACAGUGUUAACAGGAAUAUGAUGUUUGUCCUCAGUGCUUGUCUAAGAUUGCAGCAGCAUCUCUUCUCCACCACCUAAUCAACUCUUUUGUAACCUGAAUAAACUUCCUGCUAAACUGCAGCAUCAUUAAAUCAGAGAGGAAUAACUUGUACGAUUAUUAGAAAAGGCUGUAUUUGGAUUGAAACCCUGUGAAGAUGUUUGAGUGACUGAACUGUCACUAUUUGCUUUAGUUCUUUGACUAUAUCCAUGCCGCAAUUGUUGGCUUGAAUUUGUAAAUAUAGAAGGAAUAACUCCUAACUUAUUGACUGAACACAAUGUUUGAAUAUCUGAUACCAAUAUUUACAGAAGCUAGGAUGACACUGAAAUCCAGCUAACCAGGAAAAUGUAAAGUGAAGGAGUGUCUUGAUUUUUAUUCAGUUUGACAUCAAAAUGUAUCUUGCAUCACAAUAAACCAGUAUUAUGAAUAAACCUAACAUUAAAUA